GGCAUGAUGUUCACUCACUUCGGUGUAUCGGAUAUUAAACGCCAUCGGAAUGGAUUUCCUACCCUGGUGUUCUAUAGAAUGUGCGCAAAAGGAUAUAUCCAGUCUCAAUUUUAAAAUGGAUUUUUAAAAUGUGAUAUAUUCCUGUAUACUACGAAUAUGUCUGGAUUAUCAGGUGUUGGAGUAUUUUGGGCAUUUUGUUCCAUAUUAAGUGCAAUCAUUUCGUGUGUUGGAUACUUCAUGCCACACUGGAUAACAGGACGGAUGACACUUCAUCAUCCGGAAAAGACCCCUCAAACAAUACCGGUAUAUUUCGGCAUUUUCCGUAGGUGUAAUUACCCGGCUAUUGGCGAUGACGGAAAAUUGACGAUAAUUUACGAAUGCGGACGAUACACUGCAUUCUCUGACAUUCCCAGUGUUUCGUGGCAACUAGCGACCUUGACUGUCGGGGUUGGUUGUUGCUUGUGUUUCCUUGUCGCGUUGACAGCAAUGUUUGGUGUUUGUGUGAAGGGUGUGGUCAUACCAACGGUUGCUAGAACAGCAGGGAUUAUACAAAUGUGUUCAGGUUUUCUGAUGGGCACGGGUGUGGGUAUCUAUCCAAACGGCUGGGACAGCCCGGAAGUGAACCAGGCGUGUGGACACACCUCAAAGUCUUACAUCCUUGGAGACUGCUCAUUAUCAUGGUGUUUCUACGUGACUUCAGUAGGUAUUGUGAUGACGUUAAUGUGUUCUGCUUUGUCAUUUCACGCGCCAAAGCGGAAACAAAUACUUACUGGAUUUGCCUUAUAGCAAAACAAAGUGACAAGGAAAAGAAGCCACUAAAUAAGGUGGAAAAUGAAAAAAAAAAUACACGAAUUUUUAUUAGAUUAUAAGUGGGUUUUUUUCGGUGUGCAAUAAAAUUUGUUCAAGGACUUAAAAAAUACACACCCCUUUCAAGUAUUGUUCGCUAGUAUGUCGUGUCACAAUAUGUUGCAUACAUACACCUUGGUUCUCAUAUAUAGGACGUUAUAGGACGUUUGGAUACUUUUUCGAGCACGGAGAACACAUUGAAACCUGCAACAAAUGACAAUAGUUUUUCCGAUGCAUCUAUUCACAAGAAGUAAUUUUGCAAAUAGUGCCGUCAAAUUUGCAUUGUGUGAAACAUUAACUAGUCAGUGUCAGUGUGUAAUACGGAUAAUGAUUUUAAGUGUGGUUGUGACAUUCGAGAAACAUGCUAGGCAUGUAAAACAAACUAAAAAUAAACGUUGUUAGUGGGUACUCAUAAACGUUCACUUACAGUCCUUAUAUAUUUAUAAAAGUUUGUGAUGGGCUGUUGGCCAUACUGUUUUAAAGUGUUACUUAUUGAAUGUGUGCGCAAGGUUCAAAUAGCUAUAUCAAACUUGUAUAUGUUUUAUAUAGAACUUUCGAUUUAUCAUAAAUUACUAGAUACAUAUUUUUAUACAAACUUAUGGCAUUGCCAUAUGUUGCCAUAUAUUUUUGCACGUUAUUCAACGCAGGAAUAAAUACUCUCAAAAGCAAACUAUACAUGAUUUAAUUAAAAGGUUACCUCAUUUAGAAACUCAGAUACGGUAUUAAAGUUUAGCUAACAUAUGAGUUUUUUUGAUAAGAUUAUUUACAAUCGAAGAUUAAUUUAAUGACUUGUAUCCUUGCGUUGUGGCA